UUAUUGAUCAAGUAGUAGUACUAAAAUACACAUGCAAGCAAAGAAAGAAAACAGAAAACAGGAGAGAGAGAGAGAGAGAGAGAGAGAGAGAGAGGGAGAGAUGGAUGUGAUGCCAGGUUAUAGAUUCUACCCAACGGAGGAAGAGCUGGUUUCGUUCUAUUUGGAGAAGAAGAUACAAGGAAGGAGACAAGAAGACCUAAACCAAGUGAUACCCGAGCUUUACAUUUACGAGUUCAACCCAUGGGAUCUCCCAGAUUUUGCAGGAGAGCGUUGUCCCAAAGAUACGGAACAAUGGUUCUUCUUCGUCCCUAGGCAAGAGAAAGAAGUCCGUGGAGGGAGACCGAACCGGCUCACAAAUACGGGGUUUUGGAAAGCCACGGGCUCCCCCGGUUACGUCUAUUCUUCCGAUAACCGAAUAAUCGGUGCGAAGAGGACUAUGGUAUUUUACAAGGGGAGAGCUCCAACUGGAACGAAAACUCAAUGGAAGAUGAAUGAGUAUAGGGCUGUUGAUGGAGAAUCAGCUUCACCGUCGUCACUUAGUGCAACGCCAAAGCUACGGGAAGAGUUCAGCUUAUGUAGAGUGUACAUCAGAUCAAAAUGCCUACGUGCAUUCGAUAGGCGGCCAUCCUCAUCAUCAUCAUCCUCAUCAUCAGCUGCUGCUGCGAGUGUGACAAGCACUGCAACGGUUAACCAAGCUAAUGAUGAUCACCACAUUGAUCAUGAUUGGGCGGCAACUUCCGAUCAUGAUCAUUAUCAAAACGAUCAUCCCAUGAUGGAGAGAAUAAUCACCACCUCACCGGAUCUGAGCUCCUCAAGGGACCAUGCAAGCCCUAAUUCUCAAACUUUUAACCAAGCUCAUGAUCAUCGCCACGUUGAUCAUGAUUCGGUGGCAACUUCCUAUCACGAUCAUUAUCAGAACAAUCAUCCCAUAACGGAGAGAAUAAUCACCACCUCACCAGAUCUGAGCUCCUCAAGGGACCAUGCAAGCCUUAAUUCUCAAACUUUUAACCAAGCUCAUGAUCAUCACCACGUUGAUCAUGAUUGGGCGGCCACAACCUAUCAUGAGCAUCAUCAAAACAAUCAUCCCAUGAUGGAGAGGACAAUCACCACCUCACUUGGUCAGAGCUCCUCAGAGGCCCAUGCAAACCCCAAUUCUCAAACUUUUAACCAAGCUGAUCAUGAUCAUCACAAUGUUUAUCAUGAUUGGGCGGCAACAACCUGCCAUGAUCAUCUUCAGAACGAUCAUCCCAUGAUGGAGAGAUUAAUCACCACCUCACUAGAUCAGAGCUCCACAAGGGACCAUGCAAACCCUAACUGUGACAUGGAGUUUGAUAAUAAUGAGGAUCUGUGGGACUUUUGGGAACAACUUAAUUUGUCCUAAUUCUGGGGAAAGACAAUGAAAAUAAAUUAAGGAUCAACAGCUCAGGUGAAGUGAUCAUCGAGUGACGAGGACAUUUAUUAGAAUAAAUUAGAUGUAGAGAGAUUGAAUUGCAACAAUUAAAAGCACAAGGACAUGAGUAAAACUAACGGAUAUAGUGAAAAAAUUCGUUAGUUCAUGUGGCUAUAUGGAAUAUUGAGGACAAAUAUG